AUGGGUAUUUCAACAGGAAUGAUAAUGGAGAAUAAUUUUCAAUCAUGGUUUAUUCCAUUUGAUGUUUUUAAUUUAAUAUGUCAUUCUUUGGUGAUUAUAUUUGCAUUUAUAUUUUUAUUUAUUAUUAUUGGGGACAAAACAUGUCAUACAGUUCCCAUGCUGCUUGUUGCUAAUUCAUGUCUAGCUGAACUUGUAUUCUCAAGUAAUCUUUUUUGGAUGGCAAUAUUCACAUUAAAUAAUGAUCUUAAACGACAGCAAUAUGAAGAUUCACUUUGUGUUUUUCGAGGACAAGUAAAAUCUCAAAUAUGUAAGAACGUUGCUCAAUAUGAUCGAUGCUCGACAAAUAGUGCCUGUGGUUGUUUCCACAGGGUAGGUGCUAAUGAUGAUGCAGGCAUUUGUGGCUUUCUGUGGCCAACAUGUUCUCAUCUCGAAUCGUGUAACGCUUCUACCAGUAGAUGUACUCAAUCCAACAUGGUCUGUGUUGAACAUCCUCGAUGUCAUGAACAACCUCUUUGUUAUCCAACGACAAUGAGUAAACAAAAUAUCUGUCCACCAUUAAAAAAUAAGAACAACUCUAAAUGGAAACAACAUGGAAUUACUGUUGCGGGAGGAAAUGGAGAAGGAGAUCAAUUAAGUCAACUCGCCCAUCCUGGUGGGACUUAUAUCGAUGAUAACAAAGCCAUGCUGAUUGUUGACUAUAGAAAUCAUCGUAUUGUUGAAUGGAAAUAUAAUGCAAACAGUGGUCAAAUCAUUGCAGGCGGCAACGGACAAGGAGAUAAACUGAAUCAGCUUGAUAUGCCAAACGAUGUAGUUGUUUAA